AAGAAGCAGGAGCCUCAAGUCACUGUCCGCGUGGACACGGCUGACCUGCGAAACCACCGGACCAACCGCAUCAGGAAUUCAGGGACGCGCGGCGUGGGAGUUCGCCGGCGGCGAGGAGCCGGGGAGUAGGCCGGAUAGCCCGGAAGAUGGGCUGCUCCAUCUCCGGGCUCAACGCCCUCUACGACGCCGCGACGGGCGGCGGCGACGUCUGGAUCAACGAGCGCCGCUUCCGCGUCCUCCGCCAGAUCGGCGAGGGCGGCUUCGCCUUCGUCUACCUCGUCAGGGAGCAGCAGCCCGCCUCCAACGCCGCGCCCGCCAGGCGCCACGACGCCCACGUCUCAGAGGAUGGAACGUAUGCCAUGAAGAAGGUGCUGAUACAGAGCAAGGAGCAGCUGGAUCUGGUGAGGGAGGAGAUCCGUGUGUCGUCAUUGUUCAGUCACCCCAACCUGUUGCCGCUUCUUGAUCAUGCCAUAAUAGCUGUCAAGAGUCCACAGGGAGAUUGGAGUCAUGAAGCGUACCUGCUCUUUCCAGUCCAUUUGGAUGGUACUUUAUUUGACAACUCUAACAUCAUGCUGUCCAGAAAGGAAUACUAUUCAACAGCUGACGUUCUGCAAAUAUUCCGGCAGAUGUGUGAAGGACUAAAGCACAUGCACAGCUUUGAUCCUCCAUAUGCCCAUAAUGAUGUGAAGCCUGGUAAUGUUCUUAUAACCCGACGUAAAGGACAAGCACCUGUUGCAACUUUAAUGGAUUUUGGAAGUGCAAGGCCUGCAAGAAAGCAAAUCCGUUCUCGUUCUGAGGCGUUACAGUUGCAGGAAUGGGCUGCUGAGCAUUGCUCUGCACCUUAUCGUGCCCCUGAAUUAUGGGACUGCCCAAGCCAUGCUGAUAUUGAUGAGAGGACAGACAUCUGGUCUCUAGGAUGCACCCUUUAUGCAAUCAUGUUUAAUGUUUCACCAUUUGAGUAUGCUCUUGGUGAAUCUGGAGGAAGUCUGCAACUUGCCAUUGUCAAUGGGCAGUUGAAGUGGCCAGCAGGACCCAACCCUCCUUAUCCUGAUGAACUUCGCCAGUUUGUUAUCUGGAUGCUUCAGCCUCAAGCUGCCAUGCGCCCUCACAUCGGCGAUGUAGUUCUUCAUGUUGACAAGCUCAUCACAAAAUACUUGUCCUAAACCAUCUUGAAUUUCCAUUCUGUCUCAUUUCUUUGCUAUAUAUACAAAGUGAAUAUGGUGUAAAAUGGGUUCAUGCUUGACAUCAUUCGAUCCUUGGAUAGGUGCAAUAUUGAUUCUUUGUAGAACUUUCAGAUUGUUAUCGACAUUCAUUUUGAUGUUUACCUCAGUUAUCAUGUACAAAUAUGUCAAGUGAACAUCAAAAGUUGCUAUAACAUAUGUAAUAGCAUCAAAAGCCUGUGAUUGUGGACAAAUAUUCUCUUGAUUUUUUUAAAAUUA